GGUGCGUGACGUGAACUACGGCCCCCACAAUGCCCUGCGAUCCCGCGAGUGGCCCGAGUCGUCACGAGAAGCUGCUGCUAGGGGCGUCGACGCGGACAAACGGAAGUGUAGGUGACUGUCGGAAAUUUCGCCGCCAAGCUGGGAACCGGGGAGAUGGCCGAGACGGAACCCAAGACCAUGCAGGACCUCACCUCGGUGGUGCAGACUCUGCUGCAGCAGAUGCAAGAUAAAUUUCAGACUAUGUCUGACCAGAUCAUUGGAAGAAUUGACGAUAUGAGUAGUCGAAUUGAUGAUCUGGAGAAAAACAUCGCAGACCUCAUGACACAGGCUGGGGUGGAGGAGCUGGACGUUGAAAACAAGAUUCCUGCCACACAGAAGAGUUGAAGGUUGCUGCUAAAUUACACUGAAAUCUGGAACACCAUUUUUCCAAGCCAAAAGAAGAUCAAAUGGCUUUUUGCAACUAACUGCUAUGUGUAGACAGGUUUUAUGUUAUAAAGUGUGCAUUCUUACUACAUCCUAGUUAGUUUAUAGAGUCACCCACCCCACCCCCCCACCCCCGUUUCUCCAACAUGGUAUCUUCACAUCUUGGAACUUGGUCAGCUGUGCUACUAAUCAUUAAACACUAAAUCUUUGGCAGUUUCCUCAUAAAAUUGUCAAAUUUUUUAGUGUAUUUUUUGUGAAUUCAUUGUUUUCUGCCAUUCCUUUUGUAGUAAUUGCUGUUGCGUAAAAGUUGCUGUAUGAUUUUUUUAUUAGAUAAAUGGUAAGUCCUUCGAUUAUUGUUAGACCUGGUGAAGUAAGAUAUUUGUAGUUUAGGGUUCAUUUUCAGCACAAAGUGACUGUUGAACUAACCUAACACUAGUGUGCUGGCAAUACUAUACUUUUCAAACGGCUAAAACAUUUAAAAGUUGUCUAUUCAGUAAUAUCUGUCGUUACUCUGUUGCCAGAACUCAGAAUUGAAACACAACUGAUGACUUAAGUGUGUGGGAUCAAAUGCUAAAGUCAAUGAAAAGUAACCACUGCCACUUUACUGUGUUAGCAUUUUUUAAAUACCAAAAGUAACCGAAUAGCCUGACAUAAAGAGGCUUUCACUCGGUUUUGCAUGAGAUUCUAAUCCUUCAGUAGGACCUUACAUUGCUCAUCUACAAUGGUUACCAUAAAAUUUGGCAGGAUUUUGAAACACAGCUACUCCAUCCUUUCUCUGAGCGCUGAUUGGAAAAGAGAGAAGAGAAAGAGAGCUGUCGAGUGUGUGCCAGUCACUGGGCUAGAAUGUGAUGACUGACUGGUAGUAGGCUCAAGUUUUUAAAACAUAUUCUUUUACUUUUCUAAGUUCUUGCCGAAUCGCUUCUCGGCCUUUUGGCUAAGAUCAAGUGUGGUUCUUGCUGAGUAACAAUUUUAUCAGUGAUGAUAGAAGACGAGAUAAUGAGUCUUGCCUUUGAAAGAUGUGACAUCUGGAGUGCUGAGCUGAGGCCAGUGCUGCUGAUCUGGAAGGUGACCCACGUGGUUGUCACCAGAAAGUGAUUCCACGCGACAAAAACGUGGAUGACAAACAGUUGAGGGAUGGUAUGGUCCCUCCUAAAGGGAAACCCUUAAUUAAAACAGUAUGAUUUUUCUUUUUAAGUUUCCUGUAUCACCAGGCUUAUUUAUGUUACAAACUUAAUAUUAAAUAUUUUUCCUAUUUAUAAAUUAUAUGAGGAACACAGAGGAGUCAGAUUUUUCUGUAAGAAAAUGAAGUUGCCACGAUUGUUCUCCAGUUGCAAAGCCCUGUGAUCAGGCCAAUGGUAAGACCUGAGCUCGCCCUGCAAUGCCCCACUCCACCUGGGCAGGGCCAGCAGAAGCCUGUGUGCAGGAUGCUUCCAAGCCUCAUGAGUGGCAAGCAGAGGUGAUAGGGCUGCUCUCGGAUGGAAGGGUAGUGACUUCCUUAAAUGUCAGGCUUCAGGGGCAGGCCCCCCUGGCCAAAAACAUCUGCCACAAAUAAAGGUGCCUGAAAUCCUGCUA